AUCGUCCCCCCAUUCCCGACGGCCCUUCCGACUCGAUUUGCCCGCGACUCGACGAGAUCCCUUUUUCAAUUCGCACGUGCUCGCCGGCCUAAAUGGUUCGUGGUUUAUCCAGCAAGGGAUUGAUCAAGAUGAACCAGUUAUUGCUGCAGUUAUCUGGAUUACAAUAUUUCCUGAGAUAAUUAAGGCCGAGGUUAGCAGCAUCCUGAUGGACGAGCUUCAUUUGCGGCUUUGAUGCAGCAGCGGACGGAACAUCGCCCUCGCCGCCGCGUGAUUCCAACCGAAGAAUGCCUUUGGAUGGUCUUGACAGACACGGCAGCAGCUCCCGAGGAGCCGCUUUUCUCUCAAAAGUCUGGAUCGUCCUGUUUUUCGCAGCCAACCUUCAGCAUCACGCCUCGGCACAAUGGUGGCCCUUCAACUCCAACUUCAGCCUCUUCACGAAUCAAAUCGAGCCGAGUUUCCGCUACCCGAAGAUUGUGAGCGCCGCCCGUCGGCAGCAGCGUUUUCCCAAAGGAAUGCACCUGCCGUGCCACGACGUGCAAAUGCGGUCCGACUCUUUUCCCACUUCCGUGCACCAACUGCGGCCGGGCGACAUCGAUGUGGUCGCAGCCCUCGGUGACAGCCUCAUCGCCGGAAACGGCGCGAUGGAAGAAUACGCGGCCGGCACCUUUUUCGAGCACAGGGGUGUUUCCUGGUGUGCAGGUGGUGAUGGCACCUGGCGCCAGUUCUUGACAGUGCCAAACCUAAUCAAAGAGUUCAACCCUCGGCUGAGGGGCUACUCGACCGGAACGGGGGAAUUCCACUCGCCCAACUCUCGCCUGAACGUUGCCAUUCCCGUGUCUGCUGACGAAAAUCUGCUUCAGCAAGCCAGAAUUUUAGUUGCCAGAAUGAGGAAAGACCCAAAUAUCAACAUCCAGAAGCACUGGAAAUUGAUCACGAUUUUGAUUGGCGCAAACGACCUAUGCUCGAGUCAGUGCUACAAACCAGCCGAAAACACAGGAAAUGAGCACCGCAAGCAGAUUGAAAAGGCGCUGGACUAUUUGCAGCGCCACUUGCCGCGCACUUUCGUCAGCCUCGUUUCUGUUGUUGACGUUCUGGUCAGCAAAAGAGUGCCGUCGAGCUUCACGUGCCAGGUUUUGCACCGCCUUUUCUGUCAGUGUUUCCACAGGGGCCAAAAAAUGGAGGAAAUUUGGAAAGCGGUGCGCGAGUACCAAAAGGCAGAGGAAAUGUUGACCCUGAGUGGAAAAUACGACACUAGACCAGAUUUCACGGUGGUAUUCCAGCCCUUCAUGAAGGUCCUGGACGCACCCUGGUCGGAAAUCGAAGCAGGGAAAUUCCAAAUGGCCGUCGACGCGAGUUACGUCACAUACGACUGCUUCCACUUCAGCCAAAAAGGCCACGCCAUGAUGGCCAACAUGUACUGGAACAAUAUGCUGGAGCCGGUGGGCAACAAGUCGUAUUCGCAAAUUCCACCCAGUUUGAUGCACCCUUUCAAGUGUCCAACCCCGAACGCGCCAUUCCUCUUCACCAAACUGAACUCUGAGAACUUUUACAAGAAAGGACGUCAGUAAAUUUUUGGUGCAAAUGUAUGACAGUGCCAGUGCUGCAGUAUGUAUUUAUUUUAAUAAUGUAGACCACAUAAUAUAUCACAGGAAAGUGUGAAUUAAUGUUGUGAGAAUUAAUGCUCAAAUAAAGUGAAUAUUAUUUUUGCCUACCAGUCGCCAAAUUUGUAUAUUC